GUCUACAGUCGAGUCUCUAGUCGCGAGACUUUCACUUUGACGAUUCAGUCUUCAUGUUGUGGUAGACUGAAAAAAAUCGACAAUGUGCAUAUUUUCGUCUUAAAAGAGAAAACAUUCAAUCUUUCUAUGUUAAUACAAAAAGUGCAAAAGCGCAAUAUUCAUAAAAAAGUUAAAUAGUGCUAGUGUACAGUUAAUUUCACAAUGGAGGCCCUAGAUGAUGAUUCGAAUGAGAAGAUGAAAUCGGAUUCUGAAGAGUGUGUAGUUGAUUUGGCGUCUUAUAAAAAAUUAUUAAAUCAAGAAAGCAUUGCUGCUCGAAGAACCAAAGUUUGCAUCCAAUUUAAUGAUUUGGGAUGCAGUUUUCGAUGCGAAAAAGGUAAGCCGAAAGACAUUUUAAAAGGUGUUUCUGGUCGUUUUCGGCCUGGAAGGUUAACAGCAAUUCUUGGACAAUCUGGCGCCGGUAAAACCACUUUGCUGAAUAUUAUUGCUGGACAACAAGCGUCCAAUCUUCGAGGCUCAAUUAGAAUGAAUGGAAUUGAAAAACCUUUUGAGUCCCUACAAAAACAGUGCUGUUAUGUUCCUCAGGAAAUUGAACUAAUGCCACUGCUUACAGUCAAGGAAACACUUUCCAUAGCUGCCCAAUUAAAAUUGGGCCGGCCGCAUACUUCGGAUUCCCGAGAAUUGAUAGUCAACGAGGUAGCUAAUAAACUCGGUUUAAAUGAUUGCUUGGAUACACUAGCAAAAAGUCUGAGUGGUGGCGAAAGAAAACGUUUGUCAAUUGCAGUUGAGGUGCUUACAAAUCCUCCAGUCAUGCUAUUGGAUGAACCAACUAGUGGGCUAGACAGUACAGCAUCUAAACAGGUUAUUGCUUUACUGCACUCUUUAGCACAAAGUGAUUGCACCAUUGUAUGUUCCGUACAUCAACCUAGCAGUCAAUUGAUAUCACAAUUCGAUGAUAUUUUUGUGCUCAGUCAAGGCAGGUGCCUUUAUUGUGGUCCACGAGAAAAAAUUGUCGAAACUUUUAAUGAAGCUGGAUUUGCAUGUCCCAAUUUUUAUAAUAUAGCGGAAUUCGUUUUGGAGGUAGUAACUGAACAAAGGGAAGGCAAUUUAUCGGUCCUUCGUAAACUUAACUUUGAAAAUAGUCAGUUUUCCGCCAAUGAAUCGCAAUACAUUACUGAAUACAAAAACUGUAUAAACAACCAAUGGUUUCAACCGGAAUAUUCAGAAAAUGGGGAAGAUUCCAAAGUUCAGACAAGGCGUUACGCUGCAUCUUGUUGGGAUCAGUUAAAAGUUCUUCUAAAACGAGCCUUUCUUUGUAUUCGCCGUGAUAAAACAAUGACAAUGCUACGACUGGCAGCUCACUUUAUAGUAGCAGUUUUACUAGGGAUGGUAUUUUACAAAUUUGGUGAAGAGGCGAGUAAAGUCCAAAGCAAUGUAGCCUGUCUUUUUUUCUUCCUGCUUUUCCUAUUCUUCGCAAAUGCCAUGCCGGCCGUGCAAAUGUUUCCCAUUGAAGCAGCAGUAUUCGUGAGGGAAAAUUCGAAUAAUUGGUACACUCUGCACUCUUAUUAUAUCUCUAAAGUUCUCUCAGAUCUACCCAUGCAGAUACUUUGUCCUUCCAGCUUUUUAAUAAUUGCUUACUAUAUGACUGGGCAACCACCUGAAGUGAUGAGAUUUUUUCAAACUUGGGUUAUUUGUGUACUCAUGGCCAUUCUCGCCCAGUCUUUAGGAAUCGCUACUGGAGCAACAUUUAAUACUGACGCGGGAAUGUUUUUAGUGCCUGCACUAAAUAUUCCAAUGUUUCUUUUUGCUGGCUUCUUCCUGAAGUUGGGAGAAGUGCCAAUUUACCUUCGAUUUUUGUCUACAAUCAGUUUUUUCAGAUAUGCUUUCGAGGGUAUUUUGCAAGCUAUUUAUGGUUCCGAUCGACCUGCUCUUAAAUGUUCCACUGAUUUGUGUGUUAUGCAGUCACCUCGACGAAUUCUCAAGCAGUUGAAUAUGCCAUCAGUCUCAUUUUGCACUAUAAAUUUAGCCUUAAUCGGCUGGAUUAUUUUCCUUCACAUUUCUAUUUAUUCAGUUCUUCGAUGGAAAUUACGUUUGGCUACAAAACGAUGAAAACAAAAAAUGGUUUUAUGUUUAUCAUGAUUUUUUAUGUUUAUGAUGAUAUUGGUUAAUAUAUAUUUUUCAUGAAAUCAAUUUAUGGCAACUUCUGAAAUC